AUGCAAGAAGAAAAUCGACAAUUAUUGUUAAGAUUAGCUGACCUUGAAAAUGAAAAGACGACGAGUAAUAGUGACAACGAAGAUGAUGAUGAUAGUAAACGUUUACGUGGCUUAAGUAGGUCACAGUCACGAUUGAGAUCACGAUCACGUAACAGUAAUAAAUACAAAUAUUCACGAAGCAAUACUGGUACAUUUAGUAAACAUGCAUCUAGUGUAUUUUCGGCAUCAACAUCAGCAAAUGGAACCUUGUUUACGGACAUUACAAAUUAUUCAUUUGAUUUUGAGGAGAUAAAAUCAGAGAUGUCAAAUAAUAAUUGGGAGGUUAUUGAUGAAAGGGCUGAAUCGCAAAAUAAGCAACUUUAUUUAUCAAAAAUUAAAAAUUCAGUAGAAGAACUUGAUACACGGGAUGUAUUUAAUAUGGAGCAAAUUAAUUCUGGUGCAUUGGGUAAAAUUUAUAAAUGCACACAUCGAAAAACACAACAAAUAUUAGCGAUUAAAUCAAUAACUCUAUCCUCUUCAAAGCUUCUCAAUGUAACAUACUCGGAAAUCAUGGCUUGUCGUCGGUUACGUCACCCAAACAUAAUACAUAACUUUAAACAAUAUAUUUACGAAGAUUACUCUUCAACAAAUGAUUAUAAUUCCGAAUUACCUAAUUACGUAUUAUGUUUAUUAAUGGAACAUUGUGAACCGGGUUCUUUAUGGGAUGUGAGACAUAAACGACCAUCAAAAAGGUUAACUGAACAAGAAAUUGCUUUUGUAUGUAGAGAAGUUUUAAAAGGUUUAGAAUACAUUCAUUCAAUGGGAAUAAUCCAUAGAGAUAUUAAAGCUCAAAAUAUUUUAGUAUCAAAUAAUGGUACAAUUAAAAUUGCUGAUUUUGGUUCUUCCUCUUUACAUUCAAGAGCUUCAUUAAAGCUUGGAACUUUAUAUUGGAUGGCACCUGAAGUAUUACAUAAUCAAAUUUAUAAUAGCAAAGUUGAUAUAUGGUCUUUAGGUAUUAUGGCAAUAGAACUAAUCGAUGGUCGUCCUCCUUGGUUUCCAUUAGGUCAAAGAAGGGUUAUCGAAUUAAUAAGAACGGUAGGAACUCCUCCACUUCCAUCAGAUAUAUCUUUGGAUUUUGAAAAUUUUUUGAGGGAUUGUCUUGAA